AUGGGCUACACCAGGCCGUGGUGCGAAGAGAGUAGCGCGGAGGUGGAGCAGGCGGCUGUGCAGCUCGUGUCCAGUCUGCCAGAGGAAACAUUGUGCAAAGUUCUAGCCAAUCGUGAGGCGACCACCACCCUUCUAGGCUAUGCCGCCGAGCACCCCAAUGCAGCCCUGAGGGCGUUCUCUAUAUCAAGGCUAGCAUCGGUGUGUAUCAGGUGCUGGUCUUUCCUCGACCGUCGCGCGUUCGUGAAUGGGGGCUUCGAGGAAGGGGGAGACGCCCAGCGAUACAAGCAGCGGAUUCGCGAUUGGAUUCACGACUUCUUCUCGGGCCUCCCCAAGCUGUGCGACGACCCCAGCAACAUCGUCGCCGCCGCCGCCUUCUCGGCAAUCGAAGCACUGCUUCGGGAACACCCGUUGUGUGAAACGGCAGUGGACAAGGAAGUGCGGGGGUUCUGGGGUCUAGAGAGCGACGGGGAGGGGGGGGUGCAGGAAGGCCGAGGAAGCAGAGGAACCCCCGGUGGCAUGUUUGGCGGACACAAGCAGGCGUUUCCGCUGCAGCACAUUGGCGAGAUCGUCCUCCGCUCCGCGCUCCCUCGGAUCCGGCGACUGCUCCAUCGCCAGUCGCGGAUGGUGGUGGAUGGGGAGCCUCAAACGGCGGCCCCGGCCAUGAGAGCGUGCGCCUCUCUCAUGGUCGCAGCUCUUCGUCUUUCCACGAGCCCUUCGGGGAAGCCGAUCAAAAACUCCCUGCUGCAAAACCCUACCUCGGUGGACUUCCUCGGCGUCAAGAGGAGUGCUCUCAGCCGCGGUCCCAGCGGCAACGACGCUGACGCCGAAGGCUCAACGGGGAAGGAAGAGGAGGAGGACCUGGACGCCACCUUGCCUCCCAAGGAUCUUGCAGAGGAGUGGCUUCGCGCACGUCUGGGGGGCAUCCUGGAGGGGGGGAGGGGCGGAGACGCGCUGCUGGUGGAGACGGCGGCAUGGGCGACCCUGAGGGUGUUGCAGACGGUGGCGAUGGGGCCGUUGAGGGUGUCGGUCGCGCCGAGGGUCGCGGAGGCAUUUCUCAGGGUCCUCAUGGCUGGGAAGGUGUGUGCUCCGGUCGUGGUAUACAUGAUGCCACAGGCCGCCACACCGAAACACUUGUGGCCAUCGCUACACGCCGGGCACCAGGAGGUGGCCGCGGGCUCGGCGCUUGCCCUCCGACUGGCGUCCCCCUCCGCGACGGCGGCGCUCGCGCCGCACGUGCUAGCGGCCGCGGAGCGAGUGCCUCAGCCCAGGCAACGACUAGCCCUGCUGGCCGACGUGUUCUUCCUCCUGCUGGUUCGCCCGGGUAGGAACGGACGCUCCCCUUGCGACGGUGGCGGUAGCGGAAGCGGUAGCGGCGGCGGCGAGAGGAAUGAUGACCGGCAAGGAGGGGAAGGCGAAACCGGGAGCAGCCGGACAGGCGCACCGAGAGAGGGGGCGAAAAUGCUAGCUUCGGUGCUUGAUGAAGAGUGGUUCGGGCAGCUGGUAUCGGAUUCACCCGGCAGCAGCGAGAGGCGGCUGCUGUUCAGGGAGGAGGCUGUGGCGGUCCUUGUGACGACUUGCGCACAGGUUCUUGCAGCUGGAGUCGUGGCAGCUCUGUCUCCCGCGGCGGAGAAGGCUGCCGCCGUGGGCAUUGGCAACCUCGCACGAUCUUGCAACAGCAGAUGCCGGGCAACCGCAGCGCCGUCGGAUACAAGGGAAGGGCGCAAGAACGACGCUUCCGUUGGAAACGGGACCGCUAAUUUCGCUGCAAGUGUGUCGGCGGCGGCGGCAGCGAGGGCAGCGGCAGCGGCCAAGAAGGGGCGCUGGUCUGACCUGGAGACGUGGCUGGACUGCUCCUUAACGGCGCUCGAGGCUUUCACGCGGUGCGUCAACUGGAACUCGAAGACGGGGUACGUCGGCGGCCUCGCUUACGUGCGGCUCUUGUCUCUCGUCCUUCGGUUGCUGUGCCCGUUGAUGACCGCGCCGGCAGACGGCGGGGACGACAGGGAUUCCGCCAGCGCCGCCGGUAGAGUUUUGUUGGGGGGUCGAUCCUACGGUGGCGGCGGCGAAGGGGGGGUAGACGUGGGCGUAGCGCUUGACGACGACAGCACGGGCGGGGGAGGGCGGGGGAGGUUAGCGUGGGCGCGACAGAGGCUGGCUCACGUGGUGGACGACUUGAUGUGGAGGCUGCGGGAAGGGCUCCCCGGCAGGGACAUACGCCUACGUCUACUGCAGGCAACUUGCACCCAUGUGGGGCUAUCGGCAGUGGUCAGCGGAGAUGUCGGGGUGACCGAGGAUUCGGCGAACGAGCUGGUAUCUGUGCUCCAGGGUGAGCUGGGUGAGCUCGACGCGCAAGCCGGCUUCAGCACGCAGCCGCGUCCUGCUCGGGCGGCGACGAGUGGCGGCGAUGAGCCCGGCGACGGCGAUGACGGGAACAGGGGAGGAGACGCCCACGUCGGCCGCGGAGGAGGCUCCACCGGCUCGCCGGCGGCGGGCGGCGGCGGCGGCGGCGGCGGCGGCGCUGCAGCCCCUCAGGGACAGGGGGGUGAUGACGGAGGCGCAGGGCGAGAAGCAGGUGGCGGUGGGCAGUGGGAAUCGAUUUCGUCCAUCUCUGGGCGGACAGGGAGUUUGACGGAUGUCAUGGCGCACGAGCUCGUGAUUGGCUGCCUCGUGAGGCUGGCGCUGGUGACGGAGGGAGAGACCGCCCACGAGAUCAUGUCUGUGUUGGAACACCAGCGGGGCAGGGCGCGCGCGAGGGAGAGGCUGGGGCGCGGGGCCAUCGGGCCCAUGGAGGAGGUUGUCGCAAAGGGUAUCCGAGCUCUCCAGUUGCUCGUCUUCCCAGCUACAAGACCCAAGGUCGCAGAUGGUAGCCCGGAAGCGGUGCUGCUCAAGAGACUUGUGAGGACGAUGGACCUUGGAUGGCAUGCAGUCGUGCAACCCGACGAACGCGCUCUCACGGGCAGCAGUGCGGAGUUGUUCGACCACGAGGCGCAUGCCUUCCCCAACCUCCACCGCCGUCUUCGAAGGCUCCUUUGCGGAGGGAUCGGUGUCGAUACCGCGAAUACCGAUGAAAGACCUAGCACCGGCAGUGGCGAUUUUCCUGGAGACUUGGAGGCGGGAGCAGCGGCGGUGAUUACGCCGUUCGAAGCUCACGCCUGGGACGAAGAAGCACCGCAAGCUCAGCUGAACGGCGGAAGCGACCCUGUUGUCGUGACUGCCUCUCACGUAGUCUAUCACGGCGGUACCGGCGGCGGCGCUUGUGGCGCGACGGGGGGAGGGGGAAAGGCCGUCGGUCCCACGACGCAGGUGGCGCUCGCGUUCGCUGGUGUAGAUAGGGAUGCCACUUCGCCUGCCAUCAUUCCUGGGCUUGUCGGAAAGGUUGCGAGCCGUGGCGUGGCGCUUCGGGUUAGGGUCUUCAACGCGACAAACACCAGGCUACACGGGUUUUCCAUUCGGCUUAGCUUUGGACAGGGCGGGGAGGCGGCGGGAAUGGGAGAGGGUGGGCGGGUGGAAAGCGCCGUCCAGGAGGUACUGAUGCCGUCUGCAGCUCACACGCUAGAAGUACCGGUAACGCCACUGGACAUCCUGACAGACGUGAUCGUGCACGUCAGUGUCGCCUUCCCAGAUACGGAGCCUGAGUCGGAGUUUGAGUCAGAGGGCACCGCCGAGCUCCUUGGCGUUGAAAGUACGGAAAAGGGUAGAGGGGGCGAUAGCGGUGGCGGCGGCAGCAACGCGGUAUCGGGCUUUGGGCAAAACCAACAAAGCUUCGAUGGCGGUGCCGGUGACACAGGAGUAGACGGCGGCGGCAACGGUUCGGUAACCGUGAUCCUGCAAGCCGGGAGUUACCGCGUACCCGCGGAGGCAUUCUUGGGUCCUCCGGAGCGAGCCGCGGCCACUUGGGUCGGGUUUCAGAACGUUUGGUGCGGGUUGCCAUACGCGACGGCGAUUCCUGUGGAAUCUGCACGUCAUCUGCCGCGUGCGAGAACGGCGGCGGCAGGCCACGAAUACGCGGCGAUGUCUUUGCGGACGGCGAGCGGGGUACGGCUCGCAAUGAUGCCGGCAUCAAGUAGAGGAGGAGGCGGUAGAGGCUGUGAUGAUGCACGGGCGGCGGCAGCCGUGGAGUGCCCCGUCGGAAACACGGACUACGCGGUGUCGAGCGCGUGGGUGUUCCAGGCCUGGGACGGCACGCCAGUUCUGUGCGCCCUCACCGCGAUGAAGGCGCCCUUCUCCUUGCCCCACGCAACCGGCGGUGGGGGCAAGGGUAGAGGUGGGGGUGGGGGGCAACCCUCCUGGUACGGCCGCCUUGAGGUGCGUUGCGGCUCUCGCGCUUGCUUGGAAUUCGCCCAAUGCAGUCCUAAAAGACUGUCGACCUUCGUCACGAACGGAGUGCUUGCGCCCCCCGCCGCUGGCAACCAGCAGCAGCCACGUCCGUUCAAUAGGGAUUUUUUGCCGACAGCGCCUGCGGCAAAUGCGGUUUGUGGUGGCGGUGGGUUGAACGGGCCACACCCUGAUUGGUUCUCCCGAACGGACACGGUGGGCGUGCCGCCGCCACCCUGCCCCCUGGAGCAGAGGGCGGGAGUCUUCGCAACGGAUGCGGCUAAGUUUAAGCCGCUAGCGCGAGUGCUGAGAGACCAGCAACGCGUGGAUACCACGCAGCCGGCGACCGCGCAGCCAGUAAGGGCCUAGUCGCAGGCCAGAGGCGACGGUUUUUUUUCCAAUCGGGUCACGUUGGAGGCGGGGAUUCUACCCUCCAAUGGGUGUUCGCUUUACCGUUUUGAUAGCAACGUGUCAGGGGUUCUCGCUGCACUUGUUUUUGUUGAUAGAAAAGAGCGAGAAUUGUAAAAGGUAUCUGCUAUUCGAAUGGUUGGAACCCGAAAUUUUCAGUAAGGGCAUGCAUGGUGGUCGAGUCUGAGGUUGUUGGGAUGCGAAUGCAAUGAAAUGCUCAGCGGAAGAUGCGCCUUGACGGCCAGUAUCAUCGGGUGUCUUCGCUGAAACUUGAUCGUGGCACUUGUCCUUCCUGGAGUACCUUCAGUUCGCAGAUGAUGGGGCCAUUAUUCUUGAUAUUUUGCGCUUUAGUCUAGUUGUGUCUUGGGUCCCGGCUCAAGUGCCAAUGAAGUGUUGUAAUUUGCUUCUCCGCUUCCGUUUUAGAAUUUGUAGCACUGCUGUCCAUGGCAAAAGGCCAUCAGUAGCAGCAGCGUCGUCAUGUCGAGAGCACUCGUUUUUCAUAGAUAUGAGAUUUGAAUCACUACGUUACGUUAGCCGAGUUUUUUGUUCGUAUGAUUGUUCCGCACAUCCCCUUGAGGGUGAAUGAAACUUGUCGUUGCAUACUCUUUGCGGAAUCCAACUUUGUUUUGUAUCGGUCCGUGUUGUCCAUCAAGUUGAAGCACAGAGCGUAGCACCAACCAGCUUCAAAAUGCUUGGGAAAUGGUGGUGGAGAACGGGCUAAAUCAAAGAAUCCGAAUGUAUUAGAAGACUGCCCGCGGCCUUCGCUGUCAAAGAGUAUUUUUUACGUGUCUCACGCACAACUCUUUAGCUGCCCAAAGGCAAAUGUAUUUUGAGUCGAAAUUAAGUUGCUACGCAUAGCGUCCAGCUUUUCGUUCCAGGAGGUUGGACAUUGACCUUU